AUGGCAUCCACCGCUCUCCCGUUCGAUAUCCAGUAUCUGAUUCUGGAACAGUUAUCCCCGUCUGAACUAACCGAAUCAACCUGGCAGCCAAUAAUCAACGCCAUGUGCGUCUGCCGCCGGUGGUAUGACUCCCUCCAGCAGCUCCUGAUCCAGACCCACACCGCAUCGACGCUUCUAGAAGUCUGUUAUCCACUUGGGCAAUUCGCACUGGAGCGGCUGGCGGUGGAUUACCGGUAUGCCGCACGGGAAAGCACCACGUCCUCAGGCUGGAUACCCACAACAUACGCAGCAAAGCCCUAUCGAAAUCAGGUGGAAGUGGGUAAUGGUACUAUGGAAGACGUGUUGGGCGAAGAUCUUCGCAACUGCAUGUGUAUCGCAGUUUUACUGGAGUACGUGGACUGUCUAAACAUCGCUCUGAAGACGGGUGUCGACCCGCAGGACUGCUUCCAUAAAUAUAUAAUGAUGGCCGGGUAUAUCCCUGUGCUAGAGUUCCUUCUCGAGGGGGGGUACAUAACCAUGAACACGAAGAUCGAGGGGAGAAGCCUGCUUGCAGAAGCGCUACGAUAUUCCAAGGCCGACGUCGUCGCGUUCCUCCUCGCCCGUGGCGCAGAUCUGAAUAUCCGGCUGGAUGCAUUGCUGGAAGACACCGAAGGUUCACUAAGCCCCGUCUCCUACGCGGCCUUCGUAAACGAUAUUGAAACGGUAAAGGUUCUGCUAUCACAUGGAGCGGAGGUUGAAGAUCCGGAAGCCGAUGAGCCACCAAUAUGGUGGGCGAUUUCCAAUCGCAACGUUGACAUGGCGCGUCUGUUUAUCGAGAAAGGCGUCGAUCUUAGUCCAACGAUGCGUGGUAUGUGGCCGUUAUGGGUGGCCGUGAGGACUGGGCAUGCUGGAAUGGUGAGGCUGAUCCUGGAGGCGGGUGGGAUGCCGGAGGAUCCUAGUGAUAUUACGCACUUGUAUUAUGACAUUGCCAUUUGUGGCAAUCCUGAGAUUCAUGAGAUGUUCGGUUUAGAUCUAGAUUCGAUACAGUCUUGA